AAAUUUUGAAAAUUCCUGACGAUAAAGUGAAGGCUUUAGUUCUACUGGAUAAUUGUCCAGCACAUCCACAAGUUGAACAGCUCACUAGCGAUGAUAAAAAGAUUACGUGCAUGUUUUUGCCAGCAAAACAAACCUCUCUGAUUCAGCCUAUGGAUCAAGGCGUCAUUUACACAGCCAAACGUCUAUAUAAAAAGAAGCUUUUAAAUGAAAUUUUGGAAGUCGAGGAACCAGCUGCAGGAGAAGAAGAUAGAAGAAGUUAUAAAACGUUACAAAAUCACAAAAAUUACAAUAUCAGAUCAAUGAUUUAUAAUUUCGCAUCUGCUGUCAAAGAUAUAAAACCUUCAAGUUUGAUUAACUCGUGGAAAAAACUUUUAAUAAAUGAAGAGGUUGAACCAGAUACGGCUGAAUUAGAAACAGAAGAUUUUCAUAACAUUUUCCACCAAGGAGGUGAAAAUUCAGCUACAUUGGAAGACAUUGAGCUGUGGUUAGAAGCAGAUGAAUAUGGUCUAAGUUAUCAUAUUUUAACAGAGGAGGAGAUUGUUGAAAGUGUGACUGCUACAGAAAACUCUGAAACGGAUGAAUAUGAUCAGCAUGAAACAGAUGAUAAUGUAAACCCUAAGCCAAAACUUGGUGAAAUAAAAGAUCAUCUAAACAUUGUCAUCAAAUACGUUGAAGAUAAUAACGAUGAAAACAUAUCUGCAUAUUAUGAGCAUCUAAGGCAUCUUCGCGAGUUAAUCGUUAAAGAAAUCACUGUGAAAGGAAGACAACCAAAGAUAAGCAGUUUUUUCAAACCAGUGUCAAAUGUGAAUAACGAAAGUGUGCCUUAUACUAUGGAU